GGCAAAGGCGGCACCAAGACCCUGAUGAACACGAUCAUGCAGCUGAGGAAGAUCUGCAACCACCCCUACAUGUUCCAGCACAUCGAGGAAUCCUUCUCGGAGCACUUGGGCUUCACGGGCGGGAUCGUGCAGGGGCUGGAUCUGUACCGCGCCUCCGGGAAGUUCGAGCUCCUGGACCGGAUCCUGCCCAAGCUCCGGGCCACCAACCACAAGGUGCUGCUCUUCUGCCAGAUGACCUCCCUCAUGACCAUCAUGGAGGAUUAUUUCGCCUACAGAGGCUUCAAAUACCUCAGGCUGGACGGGACGACGAAGGCGGAGGACCGGGGGAUGCUGCUGAAGACGUUCAACGAGCCGGGCUCAGAGUAUUUCAUCUUCCUGCUGAGCACCCGGGCGGGGGGGCUGGGGCUGAACCUGCAGUCGGCCGACACCGUCAUCAUCUUCGACAGCGACUGGAACCCGCACCAGGACCUGCAGGCCCAGGACCGCGCCCACCGCAUCGGGCAGCAGAACGAGGUGCGGGUCCUUCGCCUCUGCACCGUCAACAGCGUGGAGGAGAAGAUCCUGGCAGCUGCCAAGUACAAGCUCAACGUGGACCAGAAGGUGAUCCAGGCGGGGAUGUUCGACCAGAAAUCCUCCAGCCACGAGCGCCGAGCCUUCCUGCAGGCCAUCCUGGAGCACGAGGAGCAGGACGAGAGCAGACAGAGCGCGGGCAGUGGCAGCUUCCCCCCCGCUGCCUCCUCCCUGUGCCUGGGCGCUGACGCGGAGGAAGCACCGCUAAAG